AUGAAAGAGCCACGAAGCAUUCAAGGCGCACCCAGAAUACAGAACGCUCGGACGAAGCGAAAGCCGGUCUCCUCGAUGCUCGGGCUAAACCCACAAAGCGCGGACUCUUAGAAAGGCAUCCUCGCAAUGCACACAACCACGAUCACAGCGACGAAACAAUCAUCAAAUCACAACAAUCCGAACGACAAGGACUCUCUUGACUAACUGACACAACCACAACGGCGUUAUCUGGUGGGAACACUGUACUCGUAUUUGGCAUUUUCUUUUUGGCAAGGCAUAUGUUAUUUUUGGUGCUAUCAAGUUAUUUCAGCGUUGGCGAGCAAAAAGAGAUUACGGAUGGGGAUUGGGGAGGCUUUUUCUGUCAUGUCAUCGUUGAAGCAUGGAUUCAAUUCCAUCAUGGGCUGGUCAACUGUGAGAUCUCUUGGAUUGCAGAAGAUGAAUGCGAAAGAGAUGUGACGAGGCUGUCAUAUUUGGUCCUUGGGGGAGAGAGGGGCCUUUCACCUUCGCAUGGGAUGGGAUGGAUUAGUGUGAGGGGAAGAGGUUGGUUGUCACCACCGUUAUUGAAUCGAGUUGGCCGCACUCGCACUCCCGGCCUGCAUGCACAUGCUUUCGAAACUCGCGAACCGUAG